AUGGGGAGGUCAUUCCGUUAUGCUGCAGUGGGGGAGGGGAAUGGGGAGGUCAUUCCGUUAUACUGCAGUGGGGGAGGGGAAUGGGGAGGUCAUUCAGUUAUGCUGCAGUGGGGGAGGGAAAUGGAGAGGUCAUUCAGUUAUGCUGCAGUGGGGAAGGGAAUGGGGUCAUUCAGUUAUGCUGCAGUGGGGAAUGGAGGGGAAUGGGGAGGUCAUUCAAUUAUGCUGCGGUGGGGAAGGGAGGGGAAUGGGGAGGUCAUUCAGUUAUGCUGCAGUGGGGAAGGGAGGGGAAUGGGGAGGUCAUUCAGUUAUGCUGCAGUGGGGAAGGGAGGGGAAUGGGGAGGUCAUUCAGUUACGCUGCAGUGGGGAAGUGGGGGAAUGGGGAGGCCAUUCAGUUAUGUUGCAGUGGGGAAGGGAGGGGAAUGGGGAGGUCAUUCAGUUAUGCUGCAGUGGGGAAUGGGAAGGUCAUUCAGUUAUGCUGCAGUGGGGAAGGGAGGGAAAUGGGGAGGUCAUUCAGUUAUGCUGCAAUGGGGAAGGGAAGGGAAUGGAGAGGUCAUUCAGUUAUGCUGCAGUGGGGGAGGGGAAUGGAGAGGUCAUUUAGUUAUGCUGCAGUGGGAAAGGGGAAUGGGGAGUUCAUUCAGUUAUGUUGCAGUGGGGAAGGAAGGGGAAUAG